AUGCAUUACACGCCUCAUUACCACGCGCCUCCCAUACAGACCAAAAGCGAAGAAUUUAGACGGGGUAUGGGCCCGCCCGUCUUGGAGGGCUCCUUGUGGUACCAUGUAGUUUUAAUCGUCCUUGCCUGCAUUGUGGGCAUUAUCUACGACAUGCUCAAAACCAAGAAGCGAGAAGAAGCCGACAAAACCGAUCCGCAACUGUCUGAACCUUGCUGGCCCGUCCCUCCACCAGUCUCUGCAACAUCCGCCGCCACUGUGUCGGCCUCUGAUAAGCCUGCCGUCCACAAGAAGAAGGGAAAGGGAAAGAAGAAAGCCUAG